UGUAUCCACUGACAAUCUCUGGAGGAAGUUAGUGUCUCAGGCUGCGGCGAGUAACAACCUCAGCUCCUCCUGGACAGUUUGAACUUUCUGUCGGGGAGGAAUGAUCGCUCCUCUCUGCUCAGACUCUUGUCGGAUUUAAAGUUGACUUUAAAGUCAGAUUUUUGCUUCUUCGGCAGAGAACACUUGGACAGUUUCCACCAGACUUUCGAUCAUAAAUUGUUAUUUUUUUCCCCUCCUGUUUCUGUCUGACAGCAGAAAUCGGUGGCUUCACCUGUUGCCCGGAGGUGCUAAGAACCGCCGGACAGAUGUGAUCAGUCCAACGUCGGUUUAACUAAAGCAGAUCGUUCAAACGUCGCCGAUUUCUCGUUAAAACGUUAGUUUUGCUGGUGAGGAACGCGGGCAUGGAUCUGAGACCGGAGCUCCCCACAGCCUCCUCCGCCUCACAAAUCCACCCCGGAGCGGCGGCAGCGGCCGCGGCAGCCUCCAUUCCGGUGUCCAUGGCCGGUAACCUGCUGCGAGGGCCCCCGAUCCUCCUGCGGGCCGCAGACAAGUACCCGCGCACUCCGAAGUGCGCCCGCUGCAGGAACCACGGCGUGGUGUCCGCGCUGAAGGGCCACAAGCGCUACUGCCGCUGGAAGGACUGCAUGUGCGCCAAGUGCACCUUGAUCGCAGAGAGGCAGCGGGUGAUGGCGGCUCAGGUGGCGCUCCGGCGGCAGCAGGCGCAGGAGGAGAACGAAGCCCGGGAGCUGCAGCUGCUCUAUGGCACGGCGGAAGGACUCGCUAUCGCCGCCGCCAACGGCAUCAUCCCACCCCGGCCGAACUACGAAGUGUUUGGUUCCGUCAGCAGCGAAAGCAACUCAGCAGAUUCAAGCAUCCAGAAGUAUGAGCUGUUUCCUAAGAACCAGCUCUCCGGGUCCGCCACACCUCAACCAUCUGCGGGGAAACCGGCUUCCACCGAAGGUGACUCAGCCCCCGGCAUCUCGUCCCCGGACGGCCGCCACGGAGGCUCUGGUUCGGAGAACGGGGAUAGCGAGUCUUUCAUCAGCUCACCGGUAUCCAAGCCUUUGAAAGACGGAGAAGAAACUCCAGGGUCCGUCAGCUCCAUCGGCUCGGAUUCGGGUUCUGAGACCGACAAAGACGAGCAGGAGCCUUCCCCUUCCUCUGCGGCCUCUCGGCACAUGAACGCCAUCGACAUCCUCACCCGAGUAUUUCCCAGCCACAAGCGAAGCGUCCUGGAGCUCGUCCUGCAGGGCUGUGGCAAAGAUGUGGUGCAGGCCAUCGAGCAGAUCCUCAACAACAGCGGCGCUCAGGGCCCCAAAAAGGCCGGGCCAGACGAGACGUGGACGGCAGAGAGGAUGCUCCAAAAUGCGCAGCAGCCUCCGGCGGCAUCCGCAACCACAACAGCCCCGACGAGGCCCAUGCUCCCCGGGGCUAUGACGCUGAGCAACCGCUCUGCGUUUUCUCCUCUGCAGCCAAACGCACCGCACUUUGGCGCAGACCCUAGCACCUACCCGCUGGGCACACACUUGGGACUGAACCCGCUGCGGCUGGCCUACUCGGCGCACAGCCGGGGACUGGCUUUCAUGACACCUUACUCCACCACCGGGCUCAUGCCCACUUUGGGCUUCAGACCUCCAAUGGACUAUGCAUUUAGCGACCUGAUAAGAGACAGGACAAUGCUGCACAAGGAGCAAGGCUAUGCCAGCGGCCUGUAUGGGCCUUUGGUCAACAACACGCCGGAGAAACAGUGAAGCCGGUGGACUGAUCAUAGAGACACAUUCCAUUGUAUUUGUAGCCACAAGUGUUGAAAAUGUGUGAUGUGUUCUGGCUACGGGCUGCUGUACAUAAUAGGAUUAUCUGGCUUGUAGUCAAAUGAUCUGAGAGGGAUUUAAAAAAAAAGGAAAA